UGCUCACCGAACGCCCGCGAGACGCGCAUCUUUUCCGUGGGAUUCGGCAGGUUUCUAUGGCAGUCACUUACGCGUCGAUCGCGCUCGAGAAUGCCACGUCGAUUGGCGCACAUCGAAAUAAUUGUUGCCAUCAAUUCUGAGAUGUGCAAUCGGUGUGAUGUGCUCAAAGGGUGAAGUUGCUCUUGAAGACUGAAUUGCGCUUGAUUGAUUCAUUACAGGUAUUAAAUUCACGACUUUUUCGAGAUGAUGCUACAAAGGUCUCACACUCAACGGAUCAGAGGUAUCUUCUGUAAUGCUUUUCUUGGUGGAAUUGUCAUAUUGUUAAUCUGUCAAAAUAUCAUAAUGGCGGACGAAGUACCUGCAUUUUUUUUAAAAAUUGCCAAAAUACCUACCCUACCUAGAGUUGGUCGAAGUGGAAGAUUUGAAGAUUUCUUUUACAAAGCCGAAAAACAUAUACCUCGUAUUGGUAGAAGUGAUCAACAGUCAACCAAUACUCUACCGCUACAGAAUGGAGAAGAAACUUAUCCUAGUUUAACUAAAAGACGCAUAGAUUAUCCUCCAAAAGUUGAGGAAUGGACCUGGCAAAAUUUUCCUCUUGCAAUUGAAGGUCCGCGAGAACUUUGGCGAACAUUAGCUGGAUAUUCGAGAGACAGUGAUGAUAUCGAGAAUGAAGUGUGGCAGAGGAAGAAGAGAACCGAAACUGGAUCAGCAAUGACACAAGCAAAAUAACGCAAAAGUUCUUCGUCGCUUCGAAAACAUUAAAUGCUCUAUUAAAAAAUUUGCUAUUAUGGUGACGGGAAAUAAAAAUGAUAGAUGCGUAAAUACAAUUUACUAAUUUCGCUUUCUUCUUUAAUUUCUUUAUGUCGAAUAUGGAGAUCCAUAAUAAUUUAGGACUCCUUAAUAAAUAGCGAUAUGUCUAAAUUAAGCAUUUAUUUAUUUCUUGAUAAUAUUGUACAAUGUGUACUAGCAAAAUUUAAAAAUUCGUAGAAAAUAAAAUAAUUGUUUAGAAUGUAGAUUAUUAACAUUGUAUAUUUCACAUUCAAACAAUUUUACUGAUUGUUCUUAUCAAUGUUCAAAUAUAUAUCCAAACACAAUAAAGUUUCAAAAAUUU